UACACACACCGCUACGGCAUAUCAGCUAGCUACUAACUGGGAGCCAGAGGGGAGAGCAGAGAUGAAUGUGAAGAUCCUGACGCUGGUGAUUGUGCUGCUGCUGUCUCUCCUGUGUUCCGGCGGUGCUGGACCCAUGGCCUCUGCAGGGCAUGGAAAGGAGGUGGAGGAAAGUCACAUAAGAAGGUUGGCUCAGCAAAAUCCUGCAAGGAGCGCCCAGAGCCACAGACCUGCCGGCUGGAGGAGGCGACGUCCACGGCCCCGCCUUUCUCACAAGGGGCCUAUGCCAUUCUAGAGCAGGCACAGCCAAGAACGCCCUCCCCCGGUUCUGAUCUUAAAGCUCUUCCUUUGCCUCGGGGGGCCUUGUAAGGGGGGCCUAGGCUAGGUUAGCCUGACGAGAGAUGUCCAUGAGGCCUCCUGGUUCUUCUAGCAACUCUUCAUCUGUGCAGAAAAGCAGGACAAGCUACUCACCUUCAGCAUUGCAAAGGAAUGAGAGGGGGGGAUGGGUAGGAGGAGGGUGUUAUGGAGCUGAAGCUGCCAGUUCUCCCUUUUUCUCCCUCUCCCUAACUCUCUGUGUUAUUCUCAUAUGCUUUCUAGAGAUCCUUUGUUGCCAUCUCCCUUGUGCCACACACUUUGCAUGACGUGUGGCCUGUGUGGAGCCUGGUCCAAAUUGUUUUAGUCUUAAGUGUCAGACACUUAUCCAACAAGUUAUUUCCAUUCUCUCUAGUUUAAAGGUCAUCGUGACCAUUAAUUGCAUUGCUAUGGGGCCAUUUCUGGCUUUAUGAAUGGAACGAGCGGUGGUAAUGGGGUAGGUUAAGCUACGUAGUGAGGAUGGGUUGGUCAAGGACAGUCUGACGUGAUAUGAGUCCAUCUAAUACUACUUCUUGUUCCGUCUAAAAUGACAUCCCACUCUGACUAUGAUCAACAAUGUUCAUAAGCUCCUCCACUUGUGUGCUUCAAAUGCCUGUCUGAAACUGCCCUUUUAAAAAGUUAGGCAAAGACUACGUUUGUCACAAUUUCGUAUAAUUGUUACUAUUGUAAUUAAUUCUCUGUACAUGUAAUUAAAUUCCUCCGUCAAGUCAGUUCAAGCUGAAUUCAGAAGGAAUACAACUCUGAGCAAUUCCAUUACGCCAUUACAGAACAAUGCACUCAGUCAGGCAUUCUGCAGUGUAAAUGAAUUUUCCUUAUUCAUCAAUCUAAGGAUGCUUCAACCAAAAGCAAUUCAUAAAAGACACAGCCAAUUAAUGCCUGCGUUCCAGGUAUCUUCUUUCCAAGCAUGCUGAUGCAGUGCCCCACCUGGAUUUCUGCCUAGAGCACUCUGCUCUCAAACCCUGAGCCUUCGCCAACUUCCCCACCCCUGCAGCCCCCAGCAGCUGCUCUGACACAGCUAGGCAUCUCGGGGGCACUCUCACACAUGACUGUUCACUGGCCAGGGCGGUUUGCGCAUCCUGCAGACCUCCUACCAUUUUAUUCAAGUGCCAAAUAGCGAUCUGUUCCGUGAUAUGCUGCCGGGAAGAAGAUGGUUACCUCUUAUUUGAAGUCUCAAAAUGAUGACACUGAUAACAAGCAUUUAAUGAAAAGAAAUAUAUUUCAUUGCGUAGCCAUAGCAGCCAUCUGAAAAAGGUGAAGGAAGGAUUAUAGUUUGAUGGUAUAACACCAAAAAACUUUUUUUUAAAAGAAGCAGUCCCUUUGACAGUUCAGUAGACAAGCGAUUUUGUCCAGCCUACCCAUGAUGCACUCUUCUCUGACCAGCUGGUAAGAGGCUGGAUUUCCCUGAAGUAGAAUGGACUGUGACCUAAGACUGAUGGGAUGCUAUGCCUUUAUAUCAUACUGGAAUUUGUUACUGUUUUUCUUUUAAUUUUCUCCUCAGGGUGCUGUGAUUGAAGCCUAUAUCAGAGCAGUCUUUACUCUGCAUUUAUUUAAGAAACACUAUAUAUAUUAUAUAAAAAUACACACAUAUACAUAUGUAUAUAUACUUAUACUUUAUAUGUCCCUGCCUCUGCAUUCACCGGUAGCUUUGUGCUAUGAUACAGCUCUUGUAAACCACUGCUUUUUGCUGCAUUGGUUACAGUUGCCUUGCAGCUUCAGUUUCACAGCACAGGUGGACAUGACACUGACCACUAGGAGUGGCUUUGUUCCAUGGCAAAAAUCUCUUAUGGGAGCCUACCUGAGGACGCCUAUGGCUGUUCAUGGUCUGAGUUCUUACAGCAGGGUGGCAUGCACCGUCUUUCAUGCUUCAGAAAGCCAGUCCCUUGACAACUCUUCCCAAUCCCUGAAGCCAGGCCGAUGACACUGGCAUUCAGUGUGCCGUCAAUGUUAACAGACUCUCGCUCACAAUUCUCUUCAUUUUCCAAACACACAAAUGUCUACUUAAAUUGUACACUUUAUAGAAUAAUGUCUGAUUCUUUCUCCCUGCUGUAUCUUUCUAAAAGUGGAAUAAUAGCUAAUGUACUGUCCAAAGCCACCAUCUCCCAGCAGGAUUAUCUCUUCAUGAAAGAGUCAGACAUGUAAAUGCUCACUUCUCUAAAAGAUUAAUUAAAUCUUCAGGCACAGUAAAACCUUACCAUUUCAGCCUCAUUAUUGCUGGUAGUUCAAAGUCUGAAAUGAUAUUCAAUCAUUUAAAUUUUUUCUUGUUCAAAUUUUGAUUUCAAACUUUCUUGUUUGUCCAAGUCAUUUGAGAGUAUAGGUCAGGUUCUGCACACAGCGAGGUGAGAGAGCAGGGCAACUGAGCCAAGAGAGGGGGUAACUGAACCCUGUAUGGAAAUUGACACAAAAGGUGCCCAGCAAUGUCUGUAAAAUGCUUCAUGAAUGUAUGUGCACCAGUCAAACCACCCAUUCAGAGCUGCAAAACAAGCCAAUAAAAUAAACUAAUUAUUAAAUACAUAAAUGAAACAUAAUCUCCAGUUGCCAACAUGCCAAUGGUACAGUCUUGAUCCAAAGCCAAAUAUCAUAAACCCAAAGUCUCCGCACUGUGUCAAACCUCAGUGGUGCAAAUACCAUCAUACUGAGUUGCAAUCGUCCCCACACCAUGCAUCCAAUUUUGCUUUAAAAACACCUCUCUAUGAGUAAAGCUGCACUUUUGCAAUUCCAUUAUGCUAAUGGAAAAAAAAUAGAAACAAAAAAUAUCUCAGUAUAUAAUGGUUUUCCAGAUUAUAGUGACAUUUCUGUUUGAUUAUUGUCUAGUAUGUAUCAAAAGCUACUAACACAGCCUGGAUUUUUUGUAGUUGUCAAGGUAUAGAAAGAGAGCUAGUGAAACUUUGUUCUGUAACAUACAGUACAGUCAUCAGGUUCGUGGUGAGACAAAGACACCCAGGUUUGAACUGAAAUGAUAAACCAUAUAUAAUAUUCAGAGAGAUAGUUUCCUCAUGGCCUUUUUAAGCAAAGCCUACACAAGUGAAACUAUUAUCAUUCCUUAUGUGUAAUAUUCCUAUGCAUUUUGUAGCUUGUUUUUAUUAGAAUAUUUAGAAGAAUUUAUAAACUGUCCUUACGUCUUAAAUGCAGAAAAUUUGAGAAAAAAGAGGGAGUAAGGAAUCAAUGAGAUAAAAUCAAAUUAAAUUUGACAGGGCAAUGGAAGUGAAUUAGUGGUUUGAAGUUUGAAGAAAAAGGCAGGGGUUAUGAGCUGUUAGCUAUAGCACCAUCAACCCAGGGAACUAAUAAAAUUUGCCCUUUGUAGUAUUUUUUAUCCUGGGUGUGCUCUCAUAACCUUUAGGUAUUCAAAUCAUUUUGAUGAAUACGGCAUUCAAGAGAGAAGAAAACCAAUUGUAUGAAACAUAUUUUGAUUCACCUGGGUCCAACCUGCUUUUGCACAGCAUGCACAGUAUAUUGUCUAUUGAUUCAGGUAGUGUAAAUUAGAUUUUGUCAAUUCACAGGAAAGAAGAACAGCACAGGUUAGUCAACUGUGUGUUAUUAUCUUCAGCUGCUUCAAACAAAAAUAAGAGACAUAAUAAAAUCCCUUACAGCACAGACUGUGUCCUCCAGAUUCGUGGCAAUUUGGUCCACAUCCAACACCCCUAGAGUACAGACAGAAACCAAACUCCAGAACCCAUAGACCAAUUCAUGCUCGUCUGAUCAGUAUUACUGUGUUUCAGAUAAAACAGAGUACACAAACUGUAUUUUUCUUGAACCCGCUCAUCACACCUGUUUUGAAGGACCUGCUCACAAUGUUCACCAUACCAAACGUACAGUCCAUGUCUCUGUUUUGAUGUUAAUACUGGGCAAAAGAAAUAAAAGUAAAAGAAACAAAAACAAGUGUCAGAAAUGGUUGAAAUACUGUGUACAUAUUUGACAUUUUGGUUUCUAAUUUAUAAAAGAAAUGCUUCAGCUCUUGGAGUACUUAUUUUUCCUUUCAUGU